GUUUGAGGUGAAAAAUAAAUAAAUAAACUAGGCCUCACCUCACCCCUUCAGUGCCUAUUUAAGUCACAACACAAUUUAGGGGACAACCCAUUUCUUUAUAUAACAUUAAUUAGUGAAAAGCUUUUUGUUGUGCACAUAAGGAGGAUCAUGCAUGGCGGGGGCGGAGGAAGGAAGGAGGAGGAGUAGACAAGACAGCGAUAAUCUGGAGAAGGGACACAUGUCAAGGUUUAGGCGUUGUUAUUAUGACACACACGGCGGAGAUGCAAGGCGGCAAUUUGUGGUUUAUCCUGAUGACCGGUGGUACCUUGUGUGGAAGCACUUCAUUCUGAUAUGGGCAGUGUACUCAUCCUUCUUCACUCCAAUGGAGUUCGGUUUCUUCAGAGGUUUACCGGAGAAGAUAUUCCUUCUCGACAUCGCCGGCCAAUUGGCUUUCCUCAUCGACAUCGUUAUCCGCUUCUUCGUCGGAUAUCACGAUGUUCACGCCAACUCCAUCGUCGUCAACCGCUAUCAAAUCGCCAUUAGGUACCUCAAGUCUCGCUUCUUCCUCGAUCUCCUCGGUUGUUUCCCCUGGGAUUACAUCUACAAAGCCACCGGCAAGAAAGAGCUUGUUAGAUACCUCCUCUGGAUUCGACUUAGCCGAGCUUGGAGAGUCACCGAGUUCUUCGAGAGGUUGGAGAAGGAUAUUAGAGUUAAUUACCUGUGUACAAGAAUUGUUAAACUCUUCGUUGUUGAACUUUACUGCACUCACACUGCUGCAUGUAUCUUUUACUAUCUCGCAACCACCAUGCCUCCUUCUCAGGAAGCUUACACGUGGAUCGGUAGUUUGAGGAUGGGUGAAUACACCUAUUCUGAUUUCAGACACGUGGAUCUCUGGAAGCGUUACGUCACGUCGCUCUACUUCGCAAUUGUUACCAUGGCUACUGUUGGCUAUGGAGACGUUCACGCGGUAAAUGUGAGAGAAAUGAUAUUUAUUAUGAUUUAUGUUUCGUUUGACAUGAUUCUCGGCGCUUACCUUCUCGGGAACAUGACUGCGUUGAUUGUGAAAGGAUCCAAAACAGAGAGGUUUAGGGAUAAGAUGUCUGAUAUUAUUAAGUAUGUGAAUAAGAACAACUUGGACAAGCAGAUAUGUCAUGCUAUUAAAGAUCAUUUGCGCUUGAAGUAUGAUCGCAGUUACACCGGACCUUCUGUUCUUCAGGACAUACCAACCACAAUUCGCGCAAAGAUUUCAAUCAGUUUGUAUGAGAAGUUCAUUCAGAGAGUUUCUCUUUUCAAGGGGUGCUCUGUAGGGUUUAUAAAGCAGAUUGCAACCAAAGUCCAUGAAGAGUUUUUCCUCCCAGGAGAAUUGGUUAUGGAGGAAGGAGAUGUUGCGGAUCAACUUUACUUUGUAUAUCGUGGUGAGCUGCAUGAGAUAAGGAGGGAAGAUGGCGACACAGAAGAGAAAAUCCGAUUGCAUAUCUAUAGUUUCUUCGGCGAGGUUUCUUUUUUUUGUAAUAUGCCUCAAACUUCCAUGGUUGAAGCUCAUGAAUUUUGCAAGGUUUUGCGACUUGAUAAGAAAUCGUUUACUGAAAUACUGAAGAUAUACUUCUUAGACGGACGUAUUAUCUUGAACAACCUCCUUGAGGUAAAAGACUCGAGUCUCCAGCAUAAGCUUUUGGAAUCAGACUUCAACCUGACUAUUGGAAACCUAGAGACAGAGCUGGCUACGAGGAUGAACUGUGCUGCCAGUGAUGGUCACCUUGACCUUGUGAAACGUUUGAUUGGAUCAGGGGCAGAUCCUAAUAAGACUGAUUAUGAUGGCAGAACACCCUUGCAUAUCUCAGCAUCAAAGGGCUAUGUAGAUAUUUCUGGCUUUCUUCUUGAACAAGGAGUAAAUAUCAAUUCCACAGAUAAAUUUGGCACCACUCCCUUGCUUGAAGCCAUCAAGAACGGACAUGAAGAAGUAGCAUCUGUACUCGUUAAUGCGGGGGCUAUCCUUACUAUUGAUGAUGUUGGAAAUUUUCUCUGCACGAUUGUUGCAAAGAAGGAGUUGGAUCUUUUAAAAAGGGUUAUGGCUUGUGGAAUUAAUCCAAAUGCCAAAAAUUACGAUCAACGUACACCUCUUCACAUAGCUGCCUCUGAAGGCUUGCUUACAAUGGCUGAGUUACUUUUAGACGCUGGAGCUAGUGUUUUAUCUAAGGACAGAUGGGGAAAUACACCUCUUCAUGAAGCUCAUACAGGUGGAAAUAGAAAUAUGAUCAAACGGCUUGAAGUUGCAAAAGUUUCACAGUUGGUUGAGUUAUCCAAUAGUAUUCAUGAAACUCAAGCAACACCAAUGUUGCAAUCAACAGAUGAAAUUUCCAAAAAGAGAUGUAUAGUAUUUCCUUUCCACCCGUGGGUUCACAAAGAGGAUAGAAAAGAGGGAGUUGUCUUAUGGGUUCCGCAAAGCAUUGAAGAACUUAUAAAGGAGGCGAUGAAACAUUUGGAAAUUUCAAAUGGUUCAUAUAUUUUAUCAGAAGAUGGUGGCAAAAUUCUUUAUGUAGACAUGAUUUACAAUGAUGAGAAGCUAUUUCUAGUGAGUGUCUGAGUGAAGGACAGAAUGAGGCGCACAAAGUGAUCAGAUGUUCUGGUCAGCCAAGUGUCCAGGCACAGCAGUAGGAACAACAAAUAAUGCAAACGCAGUUACCACUAGCUGGUUUUAGUAUACUUUUUCUUUCCUCACUCCAUAAAUUUUUCUAUUCCAGCUUAGAGCGAGUGGAAAAUAGAUCCAGAAAGAAGCGGUUGUUAAAAGAAAACGGGGGUUCUAUUAAGCUAUUAACAUUCAACCAAUUUGCAUUGUAUUUUAUUCAUAUUAGACCAUAUUUGUGAUCGACAUUGUAUUGCAGACUCUAACGUAAUUUACGCCAAAAAGAGGACUGCGGUUUUUGUAAGUGGUAACAAACGUACUAUCACCCCUACGUCUUUCUACUAUGGUACAUGUCAAUAGAUAAAAUUAAUAUCCUUAUUC